UGACGAGCGCUAGCUUCCUCGUUCAAACUCACCGGCGGUUCGUGUCGAGCAGCUGGCCGUCCCUCAUCAUGUUCAGAGCCGCCGUCCGACUCUCUGUCUCCGGGGUCCGGAGUUUAACCCGCACGCAACAAGGGUGUAAAGCUCUUUUGGCAUCGAGGUGUUACUCUCAUGGGAAGCCAGAGAGCGAUGAGGAGUUUGAUGCCCGCUGGAUCACCUAUUUCAACAAGUCAGAAAUUGACGCAUGGGAGCUGAGAAAAGGGAUGAACACAUUGAUUGGGUACGAUCUGGUACCUGAGCCAAAGAUUCUCGAGGCGGCACUGAGAGCCUGCCGGAGGUUAGACGACCUGGCCACCGCCAUCCGCAUUUUGGAAGCUGUGAAGGAUAAAUCCGGCCCUCAUAAAGACAUCUACCCGUAUUUGCUCCAAGAGCUGAAGCCAACAUUGGAGGAGCUCGGCAUCUCUACACCUGAAGAGCUGGGCAUUGACAAAGUAUAGAUGAGAAGACGAAUGACAGUGGAUAUCUCCAGGACACAGAACUAUUUUACUGUUUGCCUCAUAUGAUGCGUGAUAUUUAAUUUGGCCUUGUAAAAUAUCGAUAAAGGAAAGUGUAUCUUUAUUGAGUGUCACCAGUAUUUUGGGCUAUUUUAAAUUAUUUGUGUACUUAUUGAAGCAAUACACUCAAUUAACUCUGGCAUUAAUGGAAAGCAGAGCUCACUUCUCUUGUCUGGACACUCGUGUGAGUCCCAUUUUGCCACCAGAGAGCAGCGUUUUCACAUGAAUGUAAAAAUCAUUUUACUGUAUUCAAUCCACAUUACAUCUGUUUUCAUUUCAGGGAAAAUGUACAUGCUUGUAAAAUAAAUGUGUUCAAGUUA